AAUCAAAUGUCAGAUUGAUUAUUGUCCACUUCAUAUUGGCGGUAAGAGAUUGUUUGGGGGGAAGUCUAUAAACAUGGAAACUGAAUUACCACUAAGCCGAAUUCGAACAAUUAUGAAAAGUUCUUUAAACACCGGACAAAUAUCAAAUGAAGUACUUUUCCUGAUGACCAAAGCUACAGAGAUGUUUGUGCAAAAGUUAACCAAGGAGGCAUAUGCAAAAGUCAAAGAUGAUAACACUCUUAAAUUCAAGCACUUGUCACAGUAUGUUCAGAAGGAGAAAAACUUGGAAUUCCUAUUACAAAUUGUCCCAGCUAAAAUAAAGGUAAAGGACUUCAAAAAAAUUCUAGAACUGGAGGAUGUCAAUUCAUCGUCUGACAGUGAAGAUGAAAAGCGAAGCAAGUAAUUUACGUUUGGUGUGCUAAUGGAGACUGAUAUGACUUGUACAAAAUUAAUUGAUAUUUGUUACAAAAUUAAGAGUUUUCUAAAUAUAAAUAUUACACACUA